GACACUUUUUCUUAUGUAAUUAACCUUAUGCAUACAUAUGAGUAGAAACAUAGUAGUAUAGUUCACACAAAACUUUACAGAGCUAUUGUUGGUUCAUCUGUUAUUGAUAUUUUCUUAUCAUCUAAAGAAAUUGAAUAAUUUAUUUAUGUCUCAUUGAUUUGAUCUCCGCAAUGCUUAAUAUUUUUAUUUUAGGUUUGAGUGUUGCUGUGGGUGUGUUCACAUUAGUUUGUAUUAGUAUUGAACGUUAUAUUGCCAUUUGUCGUCCACUUUUAAUUUUAAAACUUCAAUCACUUCCGCUUGGCUCAUUAAUGAACGGUCUUAUUUUAGUGGGAAUAUGGAUUAUUGGUAUAUUAACAGCCCUUCCAAAUAUUUAUAUGUAUGAAUAUAAACCACUGAAAACCGUUGGUAAACAUAAAUGUGAAAAAUCACCAAAAAAAUUUAGUGAUAAAUCAUAUAUGCUUUCAUUGUUAAUCCUUUAUUUUUUGAUUCCAAUGAUUGUAAUACGUGAUCCAUAUGACAUUGUUGUUAUUUUUUGUCACUCUAUUCUAGCUAGUUAUCAGAGUAAAACUCGUUCGAGUAGUUCUACUCCGCCACAACCAAGUCCAUUAUUUUAUACCUCUACCCAUGGUGAUAUCUGUCCAGCUAAUGCUCAAACAUAUAGUAGUGAAAAUCUUCCGUUGGCCGGUAAUAUAAAAUCUUCAGCAGUCUGUUAUAAUGUAAAUCAUGAUCUUCGUCGUUUAUCAUCAAAAACAAGUAAUCAGUCGAAUAAUUCACGAUCAGAUGAUGAAGUUUAUUGCAAUGGUAAUGUUAAUUGUAAUAACAAUGUCGAUUUUGUAUCAUCUUCAUGGCCAAAAAAUAUGGGUAAUACCGAUAUUAAAAUACCAUUAUCAAUAAUUGAACAAAAAUCUAAACAACAAUUUAAUCGAAUACGUACAACAUCUCAUCCUGGUUUUCGAUCAAGUUCAAAAGACAGUACUAACAAUCAUCAUCGUCGUGAACACCACAAGAAAUCCUCAUCAUCAAAAUUUCAUCGGUUUCUCGAUACAUUGCGUCGUUCAUCAUCAUCACAAGCGUAUCGUUUAGACAAAAAUCGUCGUAAAGCAUUGAAAAUUCUUAUCGCAAUUAUUCUUGAAUUUUUUAUUUGUUGGACGCCAUUGUUCAUUUUUCAUACAAUUGGUGCAUUUCAGAAAAGUAUCUAUAAACAAGUACCCACUGUUGUAGUGAAUAUAAUUUUGAUAUUUUCAUUUGCAUCGGCAACUUGUAAUCCAUUCACUUACUAUUUUAUGAGUAAGCGAUAUCGUUUAGCACUCUAUGAAUAUAUUACCUGUAGAUUAUAUUUUGCAAAUGUUAAAAAGAAAAAUUCUCAACGAUUACCGUUACCAUUACAACAACAUAAUCAGCAGUUUAAGAAUAUUGUUCAGCAACAUCAAAAGGAAAAUGGAUGUAAUAAUCGAAAAAUGAUUACGGUAACAGAACGACAAGAUCGAAUUAGAGCAAAUACAUUACACUAG